AUGGCUCAGGCACUUCCGAUUGACCAGUCAUAUACGGGACCCCUCCACCGUGUCAGAGUCCUUCUGAAGCAAUCGGGGCAGGACAACAGUCAUCUGACAGUCUGCAAUUCGGCUUCUGACCCUGUUGACACCGAACUGGACGCUAUCACACAGACAAUACUGGGACAGCACGUUCGUGUGGGACUCCUCGCGGCAACCCAGGAUCAUUUGGAAAUCAAAUGCUCCUUCGCGUCCGGGCAGGUUGCCUGUGAGGUCUAUUUUGAUCCUUCAUCCGACGAUGUCCUACUUUUCAACACUGGGCGCAGCGUUGUCCAAGUACAACAGGCGGACGAUAUCGCUGGUGCAGAAAGCCUCCCUCCCGAGGAACUCAAGCUUCUCUCUCCCGCUCUCUGGUUCGUGUCACUCGUCGGCGCUCCUGCUCAGACUGUGGAGAUGCUGGUGAGGCCCCGUCACUACAGCCUAUCCAUCGAGGAGUUAGUUGGCCAGUCAACCGCAAAGAGGCCCGGCACGAAGAUGCUUCCCUCGCCCUCCAAGAGGUCAGAAGCUUCGUCUGGCGCUGCAAUCUUAUCAACAAUGGCACAAAGUCACGGUGUUUCUUCCGCGAGCGCCGAGCCUCCCGUGCCACCUAACCCACAGGCAACCAUCGCGAAAUCGCUGCAGCCUCACCAGCUGGCACAGACGAAGGCUGGACAGAGGAUCGUGAUCAAGAACACGGACACGCAAGAGACUGAAUAUACCCUAAAGCGGCUGGGACGCUGGGUAUAUAGUAGGACGCAUACGGAUAUGUUUACUGCAGUCCUACGUAAUGGGGAAUCCAGCCCCACUGUCGCGGUCUUGAUGCCCAAGCUUUGGGAGAAAGCAUGGCGAGACUUGCCCAAGCGUGAGCUGUAUGCCGCAGUCCACACAGCCAACAGCUGGUGGAAGCGAUACGACAUGAUGGUGAACCUCCGCCACGUCAGUCUGCAUCAAAGGUCUCCUGGAUGGAUCGCUGGCUGA